GAUGUUCCCGAAAUCCUCGCCAUGAUCCAGGGACUCGCAGACUACGAGAGCGCGUCCAGCAAAGUAGAAGCGACGGAAGAGUCCCUCCUCCAAACCCUCAUCUUCGCCACACCUGCAACCGAUAUAUCCUCCACCUCGACAGCAUCACCAACAACAACAACAACAACAACAACAAUAGAACACGCGUCACCAGGCUAUGCGAAAACCCUCCUUCUCCGCCUUCCCACCAGCCUAUCCGAAUCCGACCGAGCUGCCAACUUCACGCCGGGCGCUGUAGCGGGCAUGGCAAUGUAUUUCAACAACUAUAGCACCUGGCGUAGCAAACCGGGCGUCUACCUCGAAGAUCUCUUCGUGAAACCACAAUAUCGCAAGAGGGGCUAUGGCAAGGCAUUGAUACAGGCAUUGGCACAGGAAGUGGUGAGGAUUGGCGGUGGACGACUGGAGUGGAGUUGCCUGAAAUCGAAUACUGCGAGUUUGGCCUUUUACAAGUCCUUGGGGGCCGAGCAGAUGGUGGACUGGGUACAAUUGAGGGUCGAUGGAGAGAGGUUAGAGCGUCUUGCU